GAUGGAAGAGGAAGCCGCCGCACUUCGCGAAAUGCAGGCCAAGGUCGAGAAGGAAAUGGGUGCCGUUCAAGACCCUGCCAGCGCAGCUGCUUCUCUAGCAAACAAGGAGGAGACAGAUUCACGAUCUGUGUUUGUUGGCAAUGACGGUAUUUUAGCGCUGGAUGGUUUCAUUGUAGUUUGUGGGUGAGCCAAAGUUAUUCUGGUGUUGUUUAGGCGUGCAAUAGAGGGAGAUUGAACGUCUCAUGUUUGUUUCAAAAUAUAUAAAAAGAUUACAAGAGUAAAAUUCAAAAAAAAAAAAAAAAAUUUGAGGAAAAAAUUCUCAAAAACUUCCAAAAAAAGAAAAGGAAAAAAAAAAAAAAGAAGAGAUAGAAAAACAUGUGGAAAAAAGGAAAAAAAAAGGAAAAAAAAAAAGUAAGAAAAAGAAGAAAAGAAAAGAAAAGAAAAGGUGAAAUAUGGAAAAUGACAUGAAACUGAAAGUUCUAUGUAAAUGUUUGAUCUUUUCCAUUGGAACGCCGGAAUGGAAGAAAGCAUAUGAUGCAAUAUAGAUGCUUCAACUUCCAAACAUCAGAGGACAGCUUUUAAUUCAUUGGAAGAGUGAAGGCAACUCUUGGGCAUGCAAUCGUAGUUGCAGAGCCUUUACUGCUGCUGGCAAUGAUGGUCUGUGGUGCACCAAAAAUGUUUCAAUUGGAGAUGGCGCGAGGGGUUGAUUAUGCGUGCACGCCUGAAGAAGUGCAGCAACACUUUCAAUCUUGUGGCACGGUAAACAGGGUGACUAUUCUGACAGAUAAAUUUGGCCAGCCAAAGGGUUUUGCUUAUGUGGAAUUUCUCGAGACAGAAGCUGUUCAAGAGGCCCUCGUUCUGAAUGAGUCUGAAUUACAUGGUCGUCAAUUGAAGGUUUUGCCUAAAAGGACCAAUGUUCCUGGGAUGAAGCAGUAUCGACCAAGGCGUUUUAAUCCUUACAUGGGGGGCCGAUUUAGGAGGCCAUAUGUACCGCCUUAUUUCUACUCCCCUUAUGGAUAUGGCAAGGUUCCAAGGUUCAGAAGACCAACAAGAUACAUGCCUUACUACUAGGAGCUCAUUUGCAUCUUCAGACUUUCGAUUUGGAUGCCUGCAUCCCAGGUUCAAAAGGCCAUCACGAUAUAUGCGAGAUCAUUUGCAUGUUUAGACAAUUCAUGUUUGAUGGGUGCUGUCCCAUCAGGACAUCCUGGAACUAUCCAUAUAUCUACCCCUCCCCCAAAAAAAGAAGAAAAAAAUUGAUCUCUAGAGAACAUGAAAUGCCAGAUAUUUUUGUCUGUGCGUCAUGUACUGUUAUAUUAAUGGAUAAUCAACUAUAUGUUAAAAAUGAAAAUUGAAUUUCUCGGGGACUUUGGAGAA